AUGAGUCUAAACGACCUCAUGAAAGCAACCAACGACUUCCGCAACGAGAACAUAAUCGGGUCGGGUCGAACCGGAACAAUGUACAAGGCCAUCCUUCAAGAUGGGACUUGCCUCAUGGUCAAACGCCUUCAGGACACCCAACACUCGGAAAAAGAGUUUGUGUCCGUAAUGGCAACCUUAGGGAACGUGAAGCACCGCAACCUAGUCCCGCUCGUCGGCUACUGUCUGACCAAAAAUGAAAAAUUCCUCGUUUACCCCUACAUGCCAAACGGCACCCUUCACGACACGCUCCACAAUAUGGACUGGCCCACACGGCUAAAAAUCGCCACCCGAGCAGCCAAGGGGCUCGCGUGGCUCCACCACAGCUGCAACCCGCGCAUAAUCCACCGAAACAUCAGCUCGAAAUGCAUUCUGCUGGACUCGGAUUUCGAGCCCAAGAUCUCCUAUUUCGGGCUGGCCCGUUUAAUGAACCCGGUCGACACCCACCUGAGCACGUUCGUAAACGGCGAGUUUGGAGACCUGGGUUACGUGGCGCCCGAUUUUGGGGUCGUGCUUUUGGAGUUGGUUACGGGUGAGAGGCCGACUCAUGUGGGCGGGGCCCACGAGGGGUUCAAGGGGAGUUUGGCCGAGUGGGUAUUGGGCCUUUCGGGUGAGUCGAGGCUGAGGGACUCGAUCGACGGGUGUUUGGUGGGGAAAGGUUUCGACGGCGAGCUUUUUCAGUUUCUGAAGGUUGCGUGUAGGUGUGUUGGGCCGGGCCAUAAGGAGAGGCCCACUAUGUUUGAGGUUUAUCAGUUGCUGAGGGCGGUGGGGGAAAGGUACGAUUUCACGACUGAGGAUGAGAUAUUAUUGGUGCCGGAGAAUGAUGAUGGUGAUGAUGAUGAGAAGCUCGUCGAGCUUAUUGUCCGUGCCUGA